AUGGCUGGAGGUUCUGUCAACAUCCGUCGCGUACGUCCGCCCCGAUGCCACCACACACCCCACUUUGCGCUAACAUCAUCUGCANNGGACAUCAGCGACCCCUUCUACCGUUACAAGAUGGAGCGUCUUCAGUCCAAGAUUGAAGGCAAGGGUAACGGUAUCAAGACUGUCGUUGUCAACCUGAGCAACGUUGCUCAGCAGCUUGCCCGCCCUCCUACUUGUGAGUCACCGUCAACCCCAAUCAAUCCUGCUCCAUGCUAA